AUGCCUCCCGUACGACGCGGUAGAACACGUGAAACAAACGAGGGAAGUUCGUCGCAAUUAAAUACAAUGGAUAACGUAGCGAAUCUUCGACAACAAUGCGCGGAGAAAGGUUUACCAACCAAUGGACGUCGGAAUGUAUUAAUCGCACGUCUGCAACAACAUGCCGCAGCAAAUGUAAAUUUGCCGUCAACAUCGUCUGAAUCGCGACCAGUUAUCCCAGAAACACAACCAGCACUAACGGAAUCACAGCUAGCACAAAUACAAGGUAUAGUUUCUCGCAUUGUGGAACAGUCCCUGGCAGAAAUAGCGACAAACGUUUCAAGCCAUGUCGAACUCGUCGCCUCGCGUUCCAAGUAUUCCAAUCGUUGUGGAUGA